UAUGGGAUCCACUAACCCUCAUGAGAUGGGCAUGAGAUCCACCUGCAUCUCAUAGGAUGGGUAUGGGAUGGGCAUGAGAUCCACCUGCCACUCAUGGGAUGGGUAUGGGAUCCACAACCGCUCCCAGCUAAGGAAUGAAGCUCACAAUAAAUGAAGUCAACUAAUCAUUAAACACCCAUCAAUUAUCGUACGUGUGGCAGGUGCUUCCGUCUCUCCUACACUGCCUGAUCAGAACACUCCCACACCGGCCCAGUCAGUGCUGGGCAUGACACACACACCCACAAUGCACCGAUUAAACUUUUUUAUGCUUCUCUAUUCUUUGAUAAAGUCUAAAGUUCAGAGUACGAUUCGCGAAGGUCGACGAUUUUGAUGCGUCGAGGAAGCGGGCGAGGCUGGCCGACCACCGGGGAGUAUCUCACAGUGCCUCGCUGGACGACCUGCUGGCGGACCUCCCAGUCCUCCCUCUCUCGCUCCACCCAGCUACAAAACACCGCCCCAGAAUUAGUUCUCUUCCUCGAGAGCAAGACACCUAACUUGAGAGGCAAAUUGGACGGAGCCGUCCUCGAAGCUUUUAGGGAGCCGUCCUCGAAGUCUUAAGGGAGUCGCCCUUGAAGCUUAUACUGAGUUCCCCUUCGAAGUUUAGAGGAAGUAGUCCAUGAUAAAUAGAGAGAGUCGUCCUCGCAAUCAUCCGAGAGUCGUCGUAGGAUACAGGGAGUCGUCCUUGAAGCCUUCAAGGAGUUGACGCCAAAAGAAAGUGAGAAUCGCUCUCGGAGGCUACAGGAAGUUGCGGCAGGAAAGAAGUCUACAUCCGAGGCCGCAAGGAGUCGAGGACGGAGAUAAGGUCGUACUCGUGGGCUACAGGAGGUCGAGGACAGGGCUUAAGCUGUCCUUAGCAUCAUGGUGAAGGUCGUCCUCGCAGUCCUAGUCCUCAGCUGUGUCAUUCCACUUGUCGUCCACGGUGAAAUUUCACGUAAAAAUACAGGAGGACGAUGGCGACGACAGGCAGCCAUUGGGGUACUCAACCCACCCAUCCCUACAUCCGUGGGCCACUAUCUAGGUGCCGACCAGCUGAUCGACUCUUGCCCUAGGGACGAGGUGAAGAUGGCCGGAGGGGCGUGUCAUCCACUGCUGAAGCAGGGGCCGUGCCUGCCGACGGAGUUCGUGUUGCUGAACCAGAAGACCAACGAAGGCUACUGCGCCCCCAGGCUCUGUGCCCCGGACAGGAUCUUCAUCUUCAGCGACCAGUUGUGUCAUGACCCUCGUAGCCUCACCCUCUGUCCUCCGGGUCGUCAGCUGUACCACACAGCGUACGGGACGCCCGUGUGCCAGUGUCCGGACGGUACCUACGAAGGCGACGACGACCUCGACGACGACGUGUGCGAGCCCAUAUUGGGCCAGACCCUCACCUGUCCAGCAGGUCAGGUGCUGUGGUUCCGCGACUUCAGCCUCCCGCCGGAGUGUCUCCCUGACCCCUGUGGUGGUGAGAACCUCAACCGAGGACCCAACGACCUUCCCUUCGUCCCCUCCGCCGAUGGCAAGUGCUUCCAGCUUGGACAGAUGAGCGGUGUGUGUCCGGCCCCGACCUGGUACUCCCUGGCCCUGGACCGGCUCCAGGGCGUCUGUUCCACCCUCGAGGACGCCGGCUACCAGGUCUUCGACCCAGAGACCCUCGCCAUUAUCAACGAGAUCUACGGACCUCCCAUCCCCAGAGAAACGACUGCUCCCAUUCCUGUACCUGGUUCACCUGGAACUCUCAGAUCUGAAGGUGUUGUUUCUGAAGUCUCCAGUCCUGGAGGAGUAAGUCCUGGAGUUUCUGGUCCAGGUGUGAGUCCUGGAGUUUCUGGACCAGGAGGUGUGAGUCCUGGAGUUUCUGGUCCAGGAGGUGUGAGUCCUGGAGCUUCUGUUCCUGGAGGUGUGAGUCCUGGAGCUUCUGUUCCUGGAGGUGUGAGUCCUGGAGCUUCUGUUCCUGGAGGUGUGAGUCCUGGAGCUUCUGUUCCUGGAGGUGUGAGUCCUGGAGCUUCUGUUCCUGGAGCUUCUGUUUCUGGAGGUGUGAGUCCUGGGGUUUCUGUUCCAGGAGGUGUGAGUCCUGAUGUUUCUGUUCCUGGAAGUGCGAGUCCUGGAGUUUCUGUUCCAGGAGGCGUGAGUCCUGGAGUUUCUGUUCCUGGAAGUGUGAGUUCUGGGGUUUCUGGUCCUGGAAGUGUGGGUUCUGGAGUUUCUGGUCCAGUAAGUGUGAAUCCUGGAGUUUCUGGUCCAGUAAGUGUGAGUUCUGGAGUUUCUGUUCCAGGAGGCGUGAGUCCUGGAGUUUCUGUUCCAGGAGGCGUGAGUCCUGGAGUUUCUGUUCCUGGAGGUGUGAGUCCUGGAGCUUCUGUUCCUGGAAGUGUGAGUUCUGGAGUUUCUGGUCCAGUAAGUGUGAGUUCUGGAGUUUCUGUUCCAGGAGGUGUGAGUCCUGGAGUUUUUGUUCCAGGUGUGAGUCCUGGAGUUUCUGUUCCAGGAGGUGUGAGUCCUGGAGUUUCUGUUCCAGGUGUGAGUCCUGGAGUUUCUGUUCCAGGUGUGAGUCCUGGAGUUUCUGUUCCAGGUGUGAGUCCUGGAGUUUCUGUUCCAGGAGGUGUGAGUCCUGGAGUUUCUGUUCCAGGUGUGAGUCCUGGAGUUUCUGUUCCAGGUGUGAGUCCUGGAGUUUCUGUUCCAGGAGGUGUGAGUCCUGAUGUUUCUGUUCCUGGAAGUGUGAGUUCUGGAGUUUCUAUUCCAGUAAGUGUGAGUUCUGGAGUUUCUGUUCCAGGAGGUGUGAGUCCUGGAGUUUCUGUUCCAGGAGGUGUGAGUCCUGGAGUUUCUGUUCCAGGAGAUGUGAGUCAUGGAGUUUCUGUUCCAGGAGGUGUGAGUCCUGGAGUUUCUGUUCCAGGAGGUGUGAGUCCUGGAGUUUCUGUUCCUGUAAGUGUGAGUCCUGGAGUUUCUGUUCCAGUAAGUGUGAGUCCUGGAGUUUCUGUUCCAGUAAGUGUGAGUCCUGGAGUUUCUGUUCCUGGAGGUGUGGGUCCUGGAGUUUCUAUUUCUGGAAGUGCGAGUCCUGGAGUUUCUGUUCCUGGAAGUGUGAGUUCUGGAGUUUCUGUCCCUGGAAGUGUGGUUCCAGGUAUUUCUGUUCCUGUAGGCGUGAGUUCGGGAGUUUCUGUUCCUGUAAGUGUGAGUCCUGGAGUUUCUGUUCCUGGAGUUUCUAUUUCUGGAAGUGCGAGUCCUGGAGUUUCUGUUCCUGGAAGUGCGAGUCUUGGAGUUUCUGUUCCUGGAAGUGUGAGUUCUGGAGUUUCUGUUCCUGGAAGUGUGGUUCCAGCCAUUUCUGUUCCUGUAGGCGUGAGUCCUGGAGUUUCUGUUCCUGUAGGCGUGAGUUCAGGAGUUUCCGUUCCUGCAAGUGUAGAUUCUGGAGUCUCUGAUGUUACAAGUUUGGGUCCUAAAGUCUCGAGUAAUGCACGUGGGGAUCCUGGAGUUUCUGGUUCAAUAAGUGCUGGUCCUGGAAUUGCUAGACCUGCUGGUCGUCCGGCUGUAAGACCUGGUAUAUAUAGUACUGUAAGUUCUAGUACUGGAAUCCCUCGUCCUUCAGGUUGGACUACAAGCUCUGCUGGAUUACAGCCUCUCUCUGGUAUCCAAGGUCAAUCCCGUCCAUCAUCUGUCUCUGGUGGACAAGGUUCCUCUCCUCUCUCAACUGUCUCCGGAGGCCAAGGACGGCUUAACGCUGUGAAUGGCCACGGAACUCAGGGGUUAUCUGGAGCACAAAGUUCCGUUAACCAUUACCUGGGAGGACCCUCUCUCAGCAACGCGUCUCUGGGACACCGCCCCGGGUACUCCACGAGGCCACACAACCCCCUCGUCUCUUCGUACAGUGGUACUGACAUCUCUCCACCCCACGGCAGUCAGCUCUAUGGCCCGCCUUCCAUGUACAGCAACGAGCGACACUCAACGGAGUCGGAUGAAGUAUCUUCGGGAAGAGCCUACGGUUCAACGGGACACCCGAUCAUAGACGUGGUGAAGGGGCAUCUGAUAGCAAAAAAGACGAACAUCAUGGAUUCAAUAUCUGGGGCUGUCGACAACCUCGACUUUCUUAACAUUCCCUUAGGCCAAAAGUUACAAGGGUUCAUGAAAGGAGUGAAGGCCAUUAUGAGCGACCUGGUGAGUGGGCGGAGUCACCACAGGAGUCGUCGCGCCCCGCUGCCACACGCCACCCCCGGCAACGUCAUCGAGACCCGACUGGUCGGUUGUCGUGCGGGAGCCCAGAGGGACAUCAACGCCAAGUGUCGCGACACUAUCCUGCCUGCACAACCACUAGUCAACCGAGCAACCCGCGCGGCGCCGCCUGUGCCGCCCCAACCCGGCUGCCCCGGGGGCCAGUCGUACGACCUACAGCGGAUGUGUACGUCAUCAAGCAGCGCAAUCAACUCCAUCAAUGCCGCCGGAGGACGGUGGCGGCGCCAGGCGGCCAUCGGGAGACUCAACCCGCCCAUCCCUACUUCGCUAAGUUACUACCCAGAGCAGUUUGGGGACCCCCUUAGCCCCACUACCAGCUCCUACACCCAAGUCUCCGACGAGCAGAUUGACCUGUGUGAUAGAGAAGAGGUAAGGAUGCCCGACGGGAGGUGCCACAACCUCCUGACGCAGGGACCGUGCGAGGUGACGGAGGUGGUGCUGCUUGACCGGGAGACCAACCAGGGCUACUGCGCCCCGAGGCUCUGUGCCCCGGACAGGAUCUUUGUCUUCAGCGACCAGCUGUGUCACGACCCUCGUUCCAACAAUCUGUGCCCCCCGGGUCGUCAGCUGUACCAGUCGGCGUUCGGGACGCCCGUGUGCCAGUGUCCGGACGGUACCUACGAGACCAGCGACAAAGUUGAGGAAGACGUGUGCGAGCCCCUCCUUGGCCAGUCCCGCUUCUGCCCGCCAGGACAGGUGCUGUGGUUCCGAGACUUCAACCUCCCGCCGGAGUGUCUCCCAGACCCCUGUGGCGGUGUCAACCUCAACCGAGGACCCAACGAUCUCCCCUUCGUCCCCUCCGCUGAUGGCAGGUGCUUCCAGCUCGGACAGAUGAGCGGUGUGUGUCCAGCGCAGACCUGGUACUCCCUGGCCCUGGACCGGCUCCAGGGCGUCUGUUCCACCCUCGAGGACGCCGGCUACGAAAUCUUCGACCCAGAAGCUCUCGCCAUCCUCAUCCACAUCUAUGGACCUCCAAUCCCUAGAGAAACAACGCCGCCAAUACCCGUGCCUGUGCCAGACGUCUAUUCUGAGCCCGAAAAUGUCGGCUCUAGGCCAUACGGUCCAUCAUAUGGGUAUGGCAACGCUCUAUACUCGAAGAAAGCAAUGGGCUCAUCUGUUGGACCAAGCUAUGGCACUUCCAGUCAAUCGCUGACGAACACAAACGUUGUGAAGAUGAAUCUGAUCGCACGCCUGAAGGGCAUCAUGGAAUCGAUGUAUGGGGCAGACCAGAGCCUUGACCUCCUGCAAGCUCCCAGGGGCACCAAACUUCACGAGAUAUUCAAAAAUUGUAGAGUGAAGGCCAUUAUGAGCGACCUGGUGAGUGGGCGGAGUCACCACAGGAGUCGUCGCGCCCCGCUGCCACACGCCACCCCUGGCAACGUCAUCGAGACCCGACUGGUCGGUUGUCGUGCGGGAGCCCAGAGGGACAUCAACGCCAAGUGUCGCGACACUAUUCUGCCGGCACGACCUCCGUUUGACCGGGUCACUCGCGCUGCGCCGCCCGUGCCGCCCCAACCUGGCUGUCCAGGGGGCGGGGCGUACACUCUGCAGCGGACCUGUUCGUCGCCAAACAACGCCAUCAACUCCAUUAACGCCUUCAACCUUGGAUAGAGAAGGGACUAACUAGGUUGUUGUUGUUGUUUGCUGGUGCGCUGUUGCAAGCGGAUCGCUCCUGAGUACUUUCAUUCCUAACUGCAUGGCGUUCUUACGGUUAUUGCCACAUUAUCUUCCUCGCAACCCUCUCACCCUCUCUCAUAUCUCUCCCACCCUGUUACUCACAACCCUCCCACCCUCUCUCAUAUCUUUCCCACCCUGUUACUCACAACCCUCCCACCCUCUCUCUCAUAACCCUCAUACCCUCUAACCUUCUCACAUCCUGCCUAUCCUGUCACAAACCUUUUACAACCAUUUCACCACUGUUUCAAGUUGUUACACAGAGUGGAAGUGUUGCGAGUCACACCCACCCAAAUUUCCCAGAUCCCUCUCCCACUGUAUGGGCACCUCUCCCACACUCCCAUUCUCCUGGGUCUUCUUCCCUUACUCUUAUAUUCAUCAAGACACUUCUCUCAGUGUCUUUAUAAGGUCUCCGUCCCACAGUGACGUACUACACUCACUCCCACGGUCUAGGGUUAUCUCUUUAGUGUCUUAGGUGCCGACCGUAGCAUUCUGCAUUCACAAUCGACUUAAGAAUGGUCCAGAACGGACCGAAACGUCGUCGUCCCUUCACUUUCUAGUGUGUGGUUUGGUAAACAUAUUUCAGCCACGUUACUGUGACUCUUCGUCUGCAUUCUGCGUCUCUUCUCCACUGUCCUCUAGGUCUGUUCCAUAGUUUUAAUACUCUUAAGUAUUAAUUAAUUUUUGUUAUGUUAAAACUUCAGCAACAAUAAUAAAAAGGAGAAAAUCCUAAAUAUAAAACGAAAAUAGUGAUAUAAAACGAAAUAUAAAACGAAAUUAGUGAAAUAUAAAAUAAAAUUAGUGAAAUAAAACGAAAUAUAAAAUGAAAAUAGUGACAUUAAAUCCCCGAAUCUUAUCCAACUUGGUAGAUCAAUUAAUAUAAUAACAAAGUGAAAUGUAAAUAAUUUACUGGGUACUGGUACUUCACAGAGGGAUUUACUCUGCUUUAAGCUCUACUUAAACGCCGCAAUGCAAUCUAAAAAGGAAGAUAAAUAAGAAGAAUAAAGGUGAGGGGGGGAGGUGAUUCCAGACACGUGGGUCCCCACACCAGCACCUGCUCUUGAUUUGCCACAAUGUGCAUAAUAAGGGGGUACUAAAACGCACGAACAUUAAUCACCCGCCUAACCUUAACCUAAUCUGCGCAAAGAAAAUGUGGAUAUUUGUGAGCCGUUGAUUUUCAUAGUUACCCCUUAUUUUGUACGUUGGGGGACCAUGGUAUGCAUAAUGAGAUGAAUUAGAUCAGAGGACAGUUGUGAGCUAUACCUUCCUUCCACCCAGCUAACUUGCACACAAAUACCCUCCACCCACUUCCACACAACCACAAAUACUCUCCACCCACUUCUAAACACUGACCCAAACACACUAAACCCUCUGCUACACACUCAGACGAACCCUCCACCCACCUCUACACACUCAGACACACCCUCCACCCAACUCUACACACUCAGACACUCAGUUAAAACUUUACUUUACAAUUUGCCACAAGUCUUUCUUUAUUAUGGUAAAUUAUGUUAUUCAUUAUGGUAAAAGUGAAAAUAUUAGUUUUGUAACUAUUUCUAUAUAUACUAAUUUAUAAAUCAAUUAGUACAAUGCUGUAUCUCUACUGAACUCCACAUAAUUAAUACUCUUAGUGGACCAAUCUCCACCACCAUUUACCACAAUUCCACCACACGCCUGAUCCGCAGUGAUUCAUCACCACAACUCAAACACGCUGAUUAUAAACACAAUUACCCGAUCAUAAUUACAGCCCCACAAUUACAGUUACCAUCAUGCACACCUCCGCCAGGGGUCCCCGGCACGGAGAGGUCACACUCAGAAUACCUCACAUUUCUAUGUAGAAUUAGUUCCAAAAAGGUCAUCACAGUUGGAUGGAACAUAUUAUUUUUUUACACUCACUCUUUGACUCGCCAAAUUGUUGAAGGCCGAUGGAAGUCUACCACGAGGCUGAGGGUUACUCUCCUGGUUUCUAUCCACGGGGACAGGCAGCCUGUAUAUGUAUAUACGUUAGGUUUACAUCGAGGUCCCAACUUAAGAUCGAACUACUGACUUCCUAGUUUGCAACCCCCCACAACAGCUGCAUAACUCCCGGGUACAUAUUUACUGCUAGGUGACAAGGUGUAUUAAGUGAAAGUAAACGUGUGCUAGUUCAGGCCAAAUACAGGCUUGUGAUCUUGUAUGUACAUAGUGUUCAGACCAUGACCCAAGCCAAGUGCAUCCUAAUGAACACCAGCUCGGAAUAAGCUAGGACCUCUGAACACAAUUAACGGGGUGAGAAUAUCUUGAGCUACCUCAACCCGGUGUGUCUGUAUUUUUACCUCAAUAAACUAAUAUGAACACAAAGAAUCCUUAGUAAAAACAUUCAUUGCUGAGAAUUGGCUGUGCUAAUUCUCAAUAAUGAUUGUGUUUACUAAGCUCUAGUCCCUCCUCCCUCAAGUGAAUGAGGGUGUUAAUCUGCACCCGUACAAUUAACAAAUUACUAUGAAAAUAGAGGCUCAAAAAUCCACGCUUUCUAUGCAUCGGUCGAUUAAGUUAGGUGGGUGGCUUGGGUUCGUAUGUUUCCUUCUCGAUAAGUUAGCGCUUUGCAUUUUGUACAUUGUGGCAAAUCACCCAAAAUAUACAAGACUAGGCUGCUCAAACAUCCUCUCCUCUCAUUCUCAUUUAUACAGCUCCUCUACACCUCACAGUUACUCACAUGCAUACAAAUAUACCAUUCUAAUACUGUUUACAUUAAGGCCAAUUGUCGUCUAAUGGUAGAGUGUUGUGAUGGGUUGUUUGUAUUGUUUAUCAGCUCUCUCUUCCUCUACUUCCCAUCUUUAUCAGCUCCCUCUUUCGUCUCUUAUCACUCCGCUGUUCCAAUUACAUUACCCACAUAGACUCGUAUAUUUUUGUAUCAGUUAUUAUCCCAGCACUUCUCCUGGUUACUCUCCGCGCGUCUUCCAAGUGUGUGGUAACUUUGUUUACAUUCUGCCACCAAGUACCGAUAAGUGUUCUCGUUCAUCCUGGAAGUGUUAAAUAACUGGACCAUGUUCGUCCUGGAUGUGUUACAUAAUAAACUUAACCUUGUUUGUCCUGUAUGUGUGAUAUAUUAUAAACUGGAUCAUGUA